AGGACAGGUAGAGAAUCGCUUUAGUCAGAGGGGCGGUCACCGUCUAGCUGUGAGUUUUCACUUUUUUCCGUAAACAAACAUGGCGGCCGCGGAUCCCCGAUCCUCGAGUGACGGCGACCCUGCCAGCAGAGGUGGCUUCCCGGCUGGCGAGAACAGAAACGACCGGGGCGGUGCCGGAGGUAGUGGCGGCGAGAGGGAACGGGAACACGAUCGGGCUACGUUUGAGUGUAACAUAUGCCUGGACACAGCCAGGGACGCUGUCAUCAGUUUGUGCGGACACCUGUUCUGUUGGCCCUGUCUCCAUCAAUGGUUGGAGACCCGGCCCACCAGGCAGCAGUGUCCGGUAUGUAAAGCAGGAAUCAGCAGAGAGAAAGUCAUUCCUCUGUAUGGUCGAGGGAGCUCCAGCCAAGAGGACCCCAGGUUAAAGACUCCGCCCCGACCUCAAGGACAAAGGACAGAACCUGAGGGCAGAGGGACUUUCCAGGGGUUCGGGGACACCGGGUUUCACAUGUCCUUCGGGAUCGGCGCUUUUCCGUUCGGCUUCUUCACCACAGUCUUCAACACCAAUGACCCCUUCCACAGGGCAGCAGAUCCUAACUACGCUGCUGAUCACCAGGGUAACGGUAACCCCAACAACGGCAACAACUGGCAGGACUCCCUCUUCCUGUUUGUGGCCAUCUUUUUCUUCUUCUGGUUGUUGAGCGUGUGAGAGAGAGGCGGGUGUGGUGGGGGAUGACGCACGCACACGCACACGCACACGCACACGCACACGCACACGCACACACACACUGUGACUGAACAACUGACCUGGAGGCACCAUCGCAGAUUACGGUACAGAAACACGGGGGGAGGUGGGGACUUGCAGUCAUAUUGGGGUGGGGAUCAG